CGGCGGCCCCGUGGACGCCUUCGUGUGCGACCAGGUGUCCGCCUGCAUUCCCAUCCUUCGCCUGGCCAGAAGCCGUAAGAAGGUUCUGUUCUACUGUCACUUCCCUGAUCAGCUUCUGACGAAGAGGGAGUCGUUUCUAAAACGCCUCUACCGAAUUCCCCUCGACUGGCUGGAGGAGUACACGACCGGCAUGGCCGACUGCAUCGUGGUCAACAGCAAAUUCACUGCCAGCGUGUUCAAGGAGACGUUUAAGUCCUUAUCCCAAAUAAACCCAGAGGUCCUCUACCCAUCGCUCAACACCAAAAGCUUUGAAACAAUAGUUCCUGCAGACAUAGCCGAACUGAUACCCAAAAAGAAAAAGUUCCUGUUCCUUUCCAUUAAUAGGUAUGAGAGAAAAAAGAAUCUAGCAUUGGCUCUAGAAGCUUUGCAUGUGCUUCGCGGGAGACUGGAUUCUCGUGAGUGGGAUGAAGUUCACCUGGUUAUGGCAGGUGGCUAUGACAAAAGAGUUCUGGAAAACGUGGAGCACUAUGAAGAGCUGAGGAGUAUUGCGACCAAGCUUAAUAUUAUCGACCAGGUGACAUUCCUGAGAUCGUUCUCAGAUGAGCAGAAAAUCUCUCUUCUUAGUAAUGCUUUGUGUGUGCUUUACACUCCAAGUAAUGAACACUUUGGCAUUGUUCCUGUGGAGGCAAUGUAUAUGAGAUGUCCAGUUAUAGCAGUUAAUUCAGGGGGUCCUUUAGAAUCAAUCUUGAAUAAUGUUACAGGAUUUUUGUGUGAUCCUUUGCCAACACAAUUCUCUGAGGCCAUGGAAAAAUUUGUGAGAGAUCCUCUCUUAAAAGACACAAUGGGAGCAGCUGGGAGAGACAGAGUUAUGGAAAAAUUUUCAUCAGAAGCAUUCACAGAACAGCUGUACCAAUACAUAUGCAGAUUAACACAAUAAAAUUACGUUCCUGUAUUAAAUUU